GUUAGAGCCGCACAUAAAGACAUACUCCACGCUGAAUUGAAGAUAGUGUUAUCACGAAACAGAUAGGAAACUUAUUGACAUACCUAUCCAUAUACUCAAUUUCAAUAUUAUGCCUUCAAGAAGGUAUCUGCUGAAAAAAAAUGGGAUUGACACGAAAUAUAGUUGAAGAACACUUUCAAAAGUAUUAAUCCAUUUUUCAUAUUUUUCAUCUAUAGUGAAUUUUUUCUGCUAUAUCCCCUACUCAACCUGUUUUUUUGGCGAAUGGCUCCAGUUCAAAUAUCUAGGUAGUAUUUGAGAUUCUGCAUCGACUUGGGCCACUUUCCAUCAAAAUCCAAAACUUCUUUUAGGAUUCUAUACAAUCGCUUAUUUUUGGGUAAAACUAUGUUUUGAGAAUUGUUUUUCUCAAAUAUUUCGAAUUAAUCAACUCAAAAUACCAAAAAAUAUAAUUUAUGGAACUGGGAAAAUAAUUUGAAUUGAAAUACAGUGAUGUCAAUUUUUGGUCAUUAUUACUAGGUAUUUUUAAGAAACCAAAAAAUGAAAAUGAGAAUAUUCUCAAUUUGUUAGGUAUGUACAUAUUUUGAAAACUCUCAAAUCUUCGCGUUUGGGGAGGAAAGUGACCAAUUUUGACAAAAUUUUGACAUUUCAAAAUAUUCCCGCAUAUUCUGCAAAAAAAAGGUGCAAAUUUGGGCUUUUAUAGAUGUUUUUUUUUUUAAUUCUCGUAAAUUGAACAGCUGCAUGUGAGAACCACACUAGUGCAUCAGUUAUUGUUACUUGAAAAUUAAAAAAUAAACCAUUUCGAAUUUGAAAAAUUUUCAUCAAUUUCUCAAAUGUUCGCGAAUAUUGUUAACACUACUUAAUCAGCCUGAUAACAAAAGAUAACUUGAUUACACCUCUCACGGUGCAGAUCUGGGGUUAAUCCAAUUUCAUAGUAGGUAUAUAAGUAAGCAGAUAAUGACGUAAAAGUUCUCAACUCGAGUAAUAUAGGGAUAAGCUACAUGUGAACUGUAUGUACGAUAAUUUUCAAAUAUUGAUGUAGGUACCUACCAUUUUUUUCUUGAAUUGACAUUUUUUCAUCUACAUAAAUAGGCUCCAGCAGUUUUGAAUUCAAAAUGUUGCAAAAAAUACCAAUUAAUGGAACAGCUAAACAAAUAUGUUUCGGAUUGAUAACUUUACUCAUAUACGUUUCGAUGGGAUUCAGUCGCAACUAUGUGGCAUUUUUAUGUCAUCAAUUGGAUCAACCAGACUCCAAAAUACAUCUAAACAAUGAUGAGAAAACAUGGAUAGCUUCCGGCAGUGCCCUACUAGGACCUAUUGGAUGCAUAGCAUCAGGUUUUUUAACAGAUGUGAUUGGAAGAAGAUCCUGUAUCUUAAUCAUGUUCGUUCCAUUUAUAAUUUCUUGGGCAAUGAUAAGUGUGGCAACAUCUUAUCAAAUUAUAUUUGUAGCCUUGGUGAUCAGUGGUGGAGCAUCAGGAAUAGGCCAAUCCAUCACUCCAUACGUAUCAGAAAUAUCAACUGCAAAAUACAGAGGAUUAUUGCUCGCUUUGGUCGACGUUACUCUAAAUUUUGGUGUAAUAAUUAGCAGUUUUUUAAUGUAUUUCUUUAAAUGGAACAUCGUUGCCAUAAUUUUCACUGUAAUGUCUUUCGUUAGUCUAUUUUUAACAUUUAUUUUACCCGAAUCUCCGGUUUGGUUAUACUCAAAAGGUAAAAAAGAUCAAGCUAUAGAGGUACUCGUUGCUUUAAGGUCUAAAAGCCGAAAUGAGCUGGAAGACGAGAUCAUAGAUAUGGAACUUGCUCUCGAAGCUAUCGAUAAAAAAGAAGGAGGAAUGAUGAAAAAAUGUUUUCUAGCUUGGAGACAAUUCUUAAUUGUUAAUUUACUUUCCUUCUUGAUUACUUUAGCUGGGCCUUUGAUUUUUUUAUCUUAUACUGUUCUCAUCAUUGACGAAUUAAAAACCCCUUACGAUGGAUCGACGUUAGCGGUGAUUUACUCGAUAGCUGGAUUUUGCGGUAGUUUUCUUACACCAUUUUUUAUGCAUAAUUUUAAACGAAAAGUAGCGUUGACUGUUUCUGCGGGUGGAAUGACUAUUAGUAUGUUGGGUGUUUCCUUGUAUGAAUUUUUUUAUUUGGAAAGCGAAUACAAACCGUGUGCUUGGAUUGUGCCUACUUUGUUAUGUGCGUAUAACAUAUUAGAGAAUAUGGCGGUUUUCCCUCUAUCGUUUGUUAUUGGAGGAGAAUUAUUUCCUUUGGAAGUCAGAGGCACGUUGCAAGGAUUUUUCGGAUGCUUAGCGUGGAUUAGUUGGGCUGUGAGUUUGAAGUAUUAUCUUAAUGUUAUGUUUUAUUUUGGGAUUAGAACCAUGUUGUGGUGUUUAACGGUGGCUUGUGCGUUGAUUGUGUUAUUUGCUAUUUUCAUAUUACCUGAGACUCAUGGUAAGACUUUGAAUGAAAUACAGGAAGAAUAUUUUAGUAAGAAGAAAAAAAAGAGUGAUUGUACGAUUUAAGUGCUUGCCUUCUACAUACGUAGGUAUGCACCUAGGUACAUACUUAUGAAGGUACCCACUCGAUGAAUAAGUAAACAUUUUAUAGACCAAUAGCAGGAAAGUUAUAAGUUGGUCAGUCCGCUGUGCUGAUCUAGUUGAUCCAUGAGUCCAUUUUUUGAUCUAGGUAUUGCUGUAUACUUUGAAUGGACUAUAAAUGUAAAUUCAAUGUGAAAAUAACUGUCUCUAAUUUUAGUAAUUUUUUGCAUUCCUAUGGUUAAAAUUUAAAAAAAAAAACAAAUUGCUACGUUUCUGUUUUGAAUUUAUUUUUAGAUUAAUGUACGUUGGUACCUACUUAUAAGAAGUUUCUUAAAGCUUCUUACUUUUUGGUUUAUUAAAUCUAUUGAGAAAUCUAAUAUGUGCGAAAUAAGAUGA